AUGGCUAGUAUGUAUCCCAGCGCGGCUGGACAAUACCAUUGGGUCGCACGCAUCUCGCCAGCUAAAGGACGACGCAUCUCUUCAUGGUUCACAGCAUGGAUCUCAAUUGGAGGCCAGAUUGUGUUGACAGCGUCGGCUGCCUUUGCUGGUGGACUACAACUACAGGCACUCAUUACCCUGAACAAUGUCGACACGUAUAUUCCACAGCGAUGGCAAGGCAUGCUGUUUUAUGAUCUGGUCCUUGUUUACGCUCUUGCGAUCAACAUAUUCGGUAUUCGGAUAUUGUCGCUGACCAACGAAGCCUGUGGUUUGCUGCACAUCAUAGGCUUUGUCGUCGUCUUUGCUGUCCUCGCCGCAAUGGCGCCCAAACGUGAUGCGGACUUCGUCUUCGUGGAGACCUCCAAUCUUACUGGCUGGCCGAACGACGGUAUCGCCUGGCUCAUAGGUCUCUUAUCGACGACGUAUGCGUUCCUCGGUUAUGAUAGCGCUGCUCACUUGAGUGAGGAACUUCCGAGACCGGAACGCUAUGUACCAUUAGCAAUGGUUGGGUCAGUUGUACUGAAUGGUUUGAUUGGGUUCGCAUACUGUCUUAUGCUUUUGUUCUCCCUCGGCGAUCUCGAUACCGUCUUAGCGUCGCCAUUUGGUUUCCCAUACAUCCAAGUCUUCUUCGAUGCCACCAGGAGCAGGGCUGGAGCCACAGUACUUUCACUCAUUCCUAGUCUGAUCGCUGUUGCAGCCAACGCCGCUGGUCUCACAUCGACAUCGCGAACAGCUUGGGCCCUAGCGCGAGAUAAUGCAACUCCGAAAGCUGCCUACUUGGCUCAGAUCGACACUAAAUUCCAUGUGCCGGUGAGAAUGAUUGUUGUCGUGACAGUGUUGCAGUUCCUGCUUGGGUUUAUCUACCUCGGAAACACGACUGCUUUCAAUGCUAUUUUGACCAUGGCAAUCAUUGGCAUGUAUGUGUCAUAUACGCUGCCUAUCGUCUACAUGCUGUUCUUUGGUCGCAAACCAGGUGCACAUGAGCCGGGUCCGUUCCGAUUAGGUCGCGCUGGUCCUGCCAUCAACAUUGUAGCUUUGAUUUGGCUCGUCGUGGCCAUCUUUUUCAGCACGUGGCCGAAUUUUUACCCCGUUACACCAGUAAACAUGAACUACAGUACUGUGGUUCUCGCUGGUUGGGUUCUGUUUGGAGCUUCGUAUUAUCUGAUCAGUGGGCGACACAAGUAUGCGGGACCUGUGCUCGAACUCGAUGGCGUCAGGAGGUCAGAAACAGGCAAAGCAUAA